UACCGUCACCCCCAAUGGAAUGGGAUAUGACUACAAAAGAAACUCGCAAAGCAAAUUAUAUGACAAAUGUUCGUAAUAAAAAGAACUUACAAGUCAACACUAGUACACCAUCUAACGUACCAUUUAGUCCAAAAUCUCCCAAAGCAGUAUUUACAACUAUGAAUUUAAAUGAUGAAGAUGACAUGAUUAAAGAAAAUCUUGACAUAAAUCCAGAAACUGAUUCUUUUUAUUACAUGGAAAUCUUAUUGGAAUCUCUUGCUGUUCUCGGUAAAUUGCCUCAAGUACUUGAAAAAAUUACUCAAAGAAUUCCAGUGGAAUUGUAUCAAUUAGUAGAUAAAACAGUUGCAGAGGUUGAGGCAAGAAAUUUUGAUAAUAAAAAUUAUAAAGAAUAUCAUUUCAGACAAAAAUCAUCGGCAAAUUUAUUAAAUUCAGAAAAUCAGAAUAAAAAAAAUAAUAUUAUUAAUAACAAAUCACGUUACAACAAUCAUCGUAAUAAUAAUCAAAGAUUAAAUAACAACAAUAACAAAAUGGCAUCAACAACAUUUUCUAAUAAUAAUAACAGCAAUAAUUGCUUACAUCCAACGAUGCGCAAUAACAAUAACAUUACUAAUAAAAAAGUUGCUGCUGAGCAUAAAUAUAAAACUGUUGAUGAAAUUUGUUCAGAAACAAAUUUAUAUCUAAUUCUUGGUGUUGAAAGAUCAUGUUCAUCAGAAGAAUUAAGAAGGGCUUACAUUAAUAGAUCAAGAAUUUGUCAUCCUGAUAAAUUUCCAGAAUAUCCAAAAGCAACAGAAGCAUUUCAAAAACUUUCAUAUGCCUAUGAAACAUUGAAUAAAUCAUCCUCAAGACGUGCUUAUGAUAUAUCAGGCACAAGUGAUUUAGGUAGUGUAAGCGGGACGGGUGAUGAUACAUUACAUGGAGUAUUAUAUCAAUUAUUCUUAGAAUUCAUGGACGGCGAUUUUGAAAUGAUUCGUUCUUUAGUUAAUGCAUUAAAUGAAGGUAACCCUGGAUUAAAUCUGGGUGAAGAUGCAAUUGAAACACUAGAAACAGCAUUCGGAAGAAUGAGAGAAAUACUUUUAGCCGGUAAAAAAUAUGUCAAAAUUGUACAAUUCGAGUUGAUCAGAUUAUAUGAACUCCAACAACAACUUCGAUCAUUAUCAUAUUUUGAUAUUUUUGGUCGUAUAAGAUUAACGAUGCAAUUGGCUCGUAUAACACUUUCCAUACCAAUGCUGAUUGAUUCGGCGAUGAAAUCCGAAUUUAAGCAAUUGGGUAGCAAAGGUAUCAAUAAAGGACUUCUAGGAGACGGUUUGGCUAAAGUAAUUUCUGGUUUAGUCAAUGUUCUAGAAAAAGGAGAACAAUACUUAUGA